AUUAUUAGAGAUUCAAUAUAUGCAACAAGCAAAUGGAGAGAAGCUCGAGACAAUUUUGUGGACUUCUGGCUUUCUGCGCAAUCCUCGCAGUCCACGUGGCAGUCUCCUCAGCCGUAGACAUCACCGGCGGAGAUCGCGGGCUCAGCUACUUCACGGUGAGCUCGGAGUGCGAGGGCUUCGGUAUCGGUGAGUGCCUGCUUGUAGGGGAGGAAGAGGAGGACAUGGCGCCUGAGAGCAGCAGGCGCGUUCUGGCGACGAGACAGUACAUAAGCUACGGUGCACUGAGGAGAAACUCCAUCCCCUGCUCGAGGCGUGGGUCGUCGUACUACAACUGCCGACGUGGAGCUCAGGCGAAUCCCUACUCACGCAGUUGCGGCAAGAUCACCCGGUGCCGACGCUGAGCCGAGCUCAUCACUCCAUCUCCUUCAGUUCUGCGUACCUUAAUUUAUAGGAGUGGAUACAUGUGAUGUAUGGGACAGUUCCUAUAGCAUUGGACCAAUACGUUUUUACAGCACUGUAUAUUACAAGCUCUGGAAAUAAAAUUUUCCGAGAACAUGUAUCGUUUUUUUUU